CCUCAGUAGUUCCUCCUCUCAGUCCUCAGUUUGACACGAGCGGUCUAUUUUUUUCCUCCUCCGCUGUGGUGAAACUCCAUCAGGUUGUGACAGCCAUGUUGGCAGUGUGUUUGAGGCUGCUUUUGCUCCUCCCCCUGGUUUGCUGUGUUCCCUCCCUCUCCAGACCUCCUUCCAGACUCUGCAGGCGGUGCUGCGACCAACCGGAGCCAUCAGCAGCCACGGUCCAGUAUCAGAUGCCUGAGGUUCGCACUGUCAUCAACAUGACCAUCCUCAAAGGUGAUAAAGGAGACAAAGGCGACAAAGGAACACCUGGCAAACCUGGCCCAGAAGGAAAUCCUGGCCUCAAAGGACCCACAGGCCCUAAAGGCAGCAAAGGCCAGGCAGGUGCCCCUGGUGACGCCUGCAAGAUCCCUCACUCUUCCUUCUCGGUGGGACGUCGCAAGUCCCUGCACAGCGUGGACUACUACCAGGCGCUGGUGUUCGACACGGUGUUUGUUAACCUCCACGAGCACUUCAACAUGUUCAAGGGCAAGUUCUACUGCUAUGUGCCAGGGAUCUACUUCUUCAACAUUAACAUCCACACCUGGAACUUUAAGGAGACCUACCUCCACCUGAUGCACAACGACAAGGAGCAGGUGAUCCUGUACGCUCAGCCCAGUGAGAGGUCCAUCAUGCAGAGCCAGAGUGUCAUGUUGGAUCUGUCUCUGAAUGAUGAGGUAUGGGUUCGACUCUACAAGAGGGAGAGGGAGAACGCCAUUUACAGUGACGACGUGGAUGUUUAUAUCACCUUCAGUGGAUACCUGGUAGCACCUAGCAUCCAGUGAAAAUAGGAUGGAGUGAUUAUUAAAGGAGUGGCAACAUCUCUGAGUUGGAUUAUUUGGACUUUUUGCCAUGGAUACUGUUUUAUGCCAAGAAAGGAGAACUAAACAGAGGACAUUACAAGUUUGGUGCUUAUUAAAAAUGAAUUUCAGCCUGGAGAGGAACAUACUGUGCUUUCUUAAAUGAGGACUGCCCAAAAAAUAUUAGAAUAAAAAAGAACAAUAAAGGGAAAUGUUGCAGGGCACACUAUUAGGAAAGAAUGUUGAAUUACCUCCGUUGCACUAGAAUUACAUUUUUCUACAAAGUAAAAAAAUUCCCCUACUUAUGUGCUAUUUUUCCACUUCACUUCUUGCAGGGACUCUGUGUGUAAACACAAGAUGUAUCAUUUAUCAGGAAUCAUAAAUCUGUGCAAUCAGUUAUGUAUUUGUGCUAUGAUGCUUCUUAACAGGAGAGUGUCUGUCAGAUUAAAAUUUUUUGACAGAC